AUGGAUUCUGAAAGCUGCAAUAGUCUUUCUCCUAACCCUCAUGUUUUUCUAGUGUCGUUUGCAGGGCAAGGACAUGUUAAUCCUCUGCUCAGACUAGGCAAGCUCCUUGCUUCAAAUGGUCUUCUGGUGACCCUUUCAGCACCAGAGAUCAUUGGUGCACAAAUUAGAAAGGCCAAUAGUAAUAUCAGUACUGAUGAGCCGACCCCAGUCGGUGAUGGAAUGAUCAGGUUUGAAUUCUUUGAUGAUGAAACAGAAGUGAUUAGUGACUAUGACCUGUACAUUCUUCAUCUUGAGUUCAUUGGCAAGCAAAAACUCCCUGAACUGAUCAAGAAACAAGAGGGAGAAGGUCGCCCUGUUUCUUGCCUAAUUUACAGCAUUUUUGUUCCUUGGGUUUGUGAUAUAGCCGAGACCCUUCACAUCCCUAGUGCUGCAUUUUGGAUCGAGUCUUGUGCCUGCUUUUCAGCUUUUUACCACUAUCACCAUGGCCUUGUUCCUUUCCCCACUCAAGCUGAACCCCAAAUCGAUGUUCAACUGCCCUGCAUGCCUGUGCUGAUGCACGAUGAGAUACCGAGUCUCUUACAUCCUUUCAACCCAAAACCAGUUAUGAUCAAGGCCAUCUUGGGCCAGAUCAAGAACCUAUCGAAAAGUAUUUGCAUAUUGAUGGAUACUUUCCAGGAGCUUGAAGAUGAUGUCCUUGACUAUAUGUCAAAGCUUUGCCCAGUCAAGCCUAUAGGGCCAUUGUUCAUCAAUCCCAAAGUCUCAAGCUCAAAUAUAAGUGUUGAUAUUUUGAAGGCUGAUGACUGCAUGGGGUGGCUCGACUCAAAGCCACCGUCUUCUGUCGUGUACAUCUCUUUUGGAAGCGUCGUUUUCUUGAAGCAAGAACAAGUCACGGAGAUUGCAUAUGGAUUGCUGAAUUCUGGGGUCUCAUUCUUGUGGGUGAUGAAGCCGCCCGAGAAACUAUACUCCAGCAAGCCACAUGUUUUACCAGAUGGUUUCUGGGAAAAGGUUGGUGAUAAAGGGAAGGUAGUGCAAUGGAGUCCACAGCAACAAGUGUUGGCACAUCCUUCCAUUUCCUGCUUUUUGACUCAUUGUGGAUGGAACUCGACUCUGGAGGCACUUGCUUCUGGAGUGCCGGUUUUAGCUUUUCCCCACUGGGGUGAUCAAGUCACCAAUGCCAAGUACUUGGUCGAUGAAUUUAGAGUUGGGAUAAGGAUGUGUAGAGGAGUGGCGGAGGACAAAAUUAUUCCAAAGGAAGAGGUGGAAAAAUGUUUGGUCGAGGCCACAUGUGGUCCGAAGGCAGCAGAGAUUAAAGAGAGUGCGUUGAAGUGGAAGAAGAAGGCUGAGGAAGCCGUGGCACUAGCCGGUUCCUCUAACCAAAAUAUGCAAGACUUUCUCAAUCAAAUCAUCUUGAGAUCCAAGGUCAAGCUGUAA